CUGAAAAUCCUGCAUCGAGACAAACUACUUGUGCCGUUGCUGAGCGAGUUGAGGAAAGGAGUUUGAAACGGCGUUUGCUCUGAAUCUGUGAUACGACCAGAUCCGAUGAAUGAAAGUGCUGUUUGGCACUUGUCUAUGCACCCGGUGCUUUGUGAAGUUGUUGAUCUUGAUAUCAAUGAUCGAUCAAGAAGACCGUAGACCAACUAUCUAAGUCUGUCCUAUUUUCUAACCAACUAACUUGCCCGUUGGUAUCCACCUGUGGCCCGAGACAAUUGAUGAUGUGCCUCAAGAUCUCAUUGCUCUUACGAGUGCUAGCUGUGGUCUGUGCACUGCUCACAGUGUCGCUGGUCGCAGCCGGACUCAGCUCUGUGCAAAAGAACGGCACGGGUGCGAAGGGAUGCUACUAUCACCACCCAACGACAGCGGUCUGCGUGUACGCUGACGCCGUUUCAGUGCUGACCAUUAUCGUUGCCCUGUUCUUCAUCCUCUUGGACUGUUGCUUAUCACUGAAGCCCAAGCGUGGGAAGCGCUUCAAGAGAUUGGACAUGGUGACGAGUGUGUUCAUGUCUGUAGUUUGGCUAUCGUGCGGUGGCACCAUGGCUGGGUUUGAGUCCGCCCUGCGCAACACGGAGAAGGACAAGUUCAAGAACAGCACGCGGAGUAUGGCCAACGUCACGAUUGUCACCACCUGGAUUAGCGCGGUCACUUGGCUUUUGUUGACGAUUACUGUUUGCUGUACGGACAAAGAGCCGCAGACAGACCAGGGCCUCCUAGUGGAGCCUUCUGACGAGGAUGACCUUGCUAGAUCAACGGAGAACAAGCCUCUGCUGUCCAAGUCAUGAGCCGGCCGGCAAUGAAUGAAACCGCUGCAUUGUCUACGUUCUGGUCUAAGUUUGCUUUCGGACUGUCCAUAGAGGGUUAGUGACGCCCUACUGACUUUGGCAGGUGGAAGAUGACAUUGAGUUACGAAGGCAUCGGCGGCAUGCCAUGAUAUGAAAGCACACACAUGUGGAUCAUGCUGUUCUUGUUCAUGCGCUCCUUCCGCCACCCAUCCCGGUGUGUCAGUGCCAUGGACAUCUCAGCCUUAACCUGCCACAGUCAUCAGUCAUAGCCCAGCAGCAAACUGCUUGUAACGUUCCCAUAGGCAUCGAGCGCAACGCCUUCCCUCCUUAGGUCCAA